ACCGGAAGUGAAUGAGGCGCAUCCGGUGUGGCGGCGCGGCCCGGGCCGGUGCUGGGAUCCGUGAGCGGGGCCGGGGGUCCCAGGUCAGGAGUUCCUGAGGGAGCUUGGGGGUCCCUGAGCGGGCCGGGGCAUCGCGGCGGUGCCACGAUGUCGAUGUCGCACCUGUACGGCACGGACGGAGACGAUGGCGUGGAGAUGGAGAGCUUCGAGGUGUCGGACUGGGACCUGCAGAACGAAUUCAACCCGCACCGGCAGCGACACCGCCAGACCAAGGAGGAGGCCACCUACGGCGUGUGGGCCGAGCGCGACUCGGACGAGGAGCGGCCCAGCUUCGGAGGGAAGCGCUCCAGGGAUUACUCGGCCCCCGUGAGCUUUGUGAGUGCUGGGCUGAGGAAGGCGGCAGCCGAGGAGCUCUCGGAUGAGGAUUCAGAUGACGACGAGAAGCCUGUGAAGCAGGAGGAGAUUCCCAAGGAGUUUGUGCCCAAGAAGUUAAAGACAGGUGGAAAUUUCAAGCCCAGCCAGAAAGGCUUUGUAGGGGGCUCCAAGUCCUUCGUGGAUUUUGGCAGCUGGGAGAGACACACUAAAGGAAUUGGGCAGAAGCUUCUCCAGAAGAUGGGAUAUGUCCCUGGAAGGGGUCUGGGGAAGAAUGCUCAAGGAAUCAUCAAUCCCAUCGAGGCCAAGCAGAGGAAAGGCAAAGGUGCUGUGGGUGCUUAUGGCUCCGAGAGGACAACGCAGUCCUUGCAGGACUUCCCUGUGGUGGACUCAGAAGAGGAAACUGAGGAGGAAUUUCAGAAGGAGCUCAGCCAGUGGCGGAAAGACCCGAACGGAGGCAAGAAAAAGCCCAAGUACAGCUACAAGACAGUGGAGGAGCUGAAAGCCAAGGGCAGGAUCAGCAAGCAGCUUGCAGCCCCUCAAAAGGAGCUGUCCCAGGUCAAGGUGAUCGACAUGACAGGCCGGGAGCAGAAGGUUUAUUACAGCUACAGCCAGAUCAGCCACAAGCACAACAUCCCAGAUGACAGCCCCCAGCAGCCCCUGGGCAAGGACUCCAAGCCCCAGGGCUUUGCCCUGCCUGAGCUGGAGCACAACCUGCAGCUGCUCAUCGACAUCACGGAGCAGGAGAUCAUCCAGAGCGACCGGCAGCUGCAGUACGAGAGGGACAUGGUGGUCAACCUCAGCCACGAGAUCCAGAAGAUGGCUGAGGUGCUGUCCCACGAGGAGAAGGCCAUCAGCAACCUCAGCAAGGUGCUGGACAUGGUGGAGGAGUGUGAGAGGCGGAUGCAGCCGGGCUGUGAGAACCCUCUGACCCUGGAUGAGUGUGCAAAGAUCUUUGAGACCCUGCAGGACAAGUACUACGAGGAGUACAGGAUGUCAGACAGGGUGGACCUGGCAGUGGCCAUAGUUUAUCCUCUCAUGAAGGAAUACUUCAAGAAUUGGGAUCCCCUCAAGGACUGUACAUAUGGCACAGAGAUCAUAGCCAAGUGGAAGAGCCUUCUGGAAAAUGAUCAGCUGUUAUCCCACAGUGGGCAGGACCUGUCAACAGAUGCUUUCCACAGGCUGAUGUGGGAGAUCUGGAUGCCAUAUGUCAGGAACAUCGUGGCGCGGUGGCAGCCGAGGAACUGCGGAUCCAUGGUGGAUUUCUUGGAUAGCUGGGUGAACGUUGUCCCUGUGUGGAUACUGGAUAACAUUCUGGAUCAGCUCAUCUUCCCCAAGCUGCAGAAGGAGGUGGAGAGCUGGAAUCCUCUGACGGACACAGUGCCGAUCCACUCGUGGAUCCACCCCUGGCUGCCGCUGAUGCAGGCGCGGCUGGAGCCGCUGUACUCGCCCAUCCGCAACAAGCUGGCCAAUGCCCUGCAGAAGUGGCACCCCAGCGACUCCUCUGCCAAGCUCAUCCUUCAGCCCUGGAAGGAUGUGUUCACUCCUGGCUCCUGGGAGGCUUUCAUGGUCAAGAACAUUGUGCCAAAACUCGGAAUGUGUUUGAAUGAGCUCAUCAUCAACCCUCACCAGCAGCACAUGGACGCUUUUUACUGGGUGAUCGACUGGGAGGGGAUGAUUUCUGUCUCCAGCCUCGUUGGGCUGCUGGAGAAACACUUCUUCCCAAAGUGGCUGCAGGUGCUCUGCUCUUGGCUCAGUAACAGCCCCAACUACGAAGAGAUCACCAAGUGGUACCUGGGCUGGAAGUCCAUGUUCUCAGACCAGGUGCUGGCACAUCCCUCCAUCAAAGACAAGUUCAAUGAAGCCCUUGACAUCAUGAACCGGGCCGUGUCCUCCAGCGUGGGCGGGUACAUGCAGCCGGGCGCCCGGGAGAACAUCGCAUACCUGACGCACACGGAGCGGCGCAAGGACUUCCAGUACGAGGCCAUGCAGGAGCGGCGCGAGGCCGAGAACAUGGCCCAGCGCGGCAUCGGCGCCGCCGCCGGCUCCGUGCCCAUGAACUUCAAGGACCUCAUCCAGACCAAGGCCGAGGAGCACAACAUCGUCUUCAUGCCCGUCAUCGGGAAGAGGCACGAGGGCAAGCAGCUCUACACCUUCGGCAGGAUCGUCAUCUACAUCGACAGGGGCGUGGUGUUCGUGCAAGGGGAGAAGACCUGGGUGCCCACCUCGCUGCAGAGCCUCAUUGACAUGGCCAAGUGAGGCCUCUGUGCAAGGGGAGACCAACUGGGUGCCCACCUUGCUGCAGAGCCUCAUUGACAUGGCCAAGUGAAGCCUCUGUGCAAGGGAAGAAGAUCUGGGUGCCCACCUCGCUGCAGAGCCUCAUUGAAAUGGCCAAGUAAGGCCCUGCUCGGGACUGAGUCACCAGCCAGGAACAGCCUCUGGGUAACCCUAGAAUAAAGUUCCAGGUUUGUAAAUAGUGACACUGGAGCUGGAUGCCAGGAUGGUUUUAUUGGAAGAGGUGUUCAGGCAGUGGUAAGAGGGUGGAGGACCAGACUUCCCAACCUGAGAAGCCAGGCUAAGGGAGAACAAGCAGUGCUGACACUUGUAAUUGCCACCUGGGACAGAGGUUUACCAGCAGGUUAGGAGGGAUCACAUUCUCUGCUCAGUGAGGGCUGGCCUAGCUGAGGCCCCUGAGUCUGUAGUGACAGAUGUCACAGCUUGUGCUGGCAGUGAGUUACUGUCCCCACAACAUCCCUCACACAGUGGGCUCCUCUCUUUGCAGCACACAGCCAGGACCUGUCCAAACUCUCUCUGCUGUGGUUAAGAGCACAGAGGUGAGGGAAGGAACCCUAAGGCUUUUUUUUCCUGGAGGGAGCCAACCUGGUAGUUCUCAGGACUGAUCAAGAGCUGAUCUCAGCAGCAAUGAGAGCUGGGAGCUUUUUCCAAGCAUGCAAUGGGAACCAGACCCCAACACUUCCCACUACAAACCCCACUGAUAAUUUCCCUUUCCUGAUGCUUUGCAAUGUGUGUAGGACAUGCAAAUGCCUUGAAUUGUUAUGGAAGGUGAGGGAAUCAGAGCAGUCACUGCAGUGUGAAUGGCUCCCAAGGCAGGUCUUGGUGGAAUUAGUUUGCUGCAGUUUAGUGAGUGUAAAUCAAAGCUCUGCUUUACUUUUUUCUUAAAUAAAAUACAAAAAUGUCCUAUCA